AUGCCAAAGGCCUCUGGGCAGACGAUUAUACGACCAUCGUCGGAGCGGUACGGGAGCGUGACUCCCAUGUCCUUGGUAGUUGCUAAGGCCUCCGAGCAGGUCUUACUGGCGGCGCUCUCCACCAUGUAUCUAUAUACGGCUUACAUCGGCUUCGGAAUGCAUUAUUGGACGAUUCCCGUCGGGAACGGCACCGUUAUUCUCAAGGUUCCGUUUCUAUUUUGUGGGACAGCCAGCGGUACUAACAGAUGGCAGCUCCUCUACGUCGGUUCGCUAUUGUACACAUUGCUACAGGCAGUCGUGAAGCUGUCGAUCGUCUUGUUCCUGAUGCGAAUCUUCCCUUCAACGUCUUUUCAGCGACUCUCUCGGGUUCUCGGCACAUUCAUCAUUCUCCACGGAGUAUUGUUUCUAAUACCGUACGCCGUUCAGUGUAUCCCCGUGGACUCGAUAUGGGACCGGAACAUCACGGAUCGCAAGUGUGUCAACCUACCCGCGGUCGGCUACAGUAGUAGUGCGUUGGCGAUAGCCGAAGACAUCGCCAUCCUUCUCCUGCCUAUUCCGCAAGUGUGGCGGCUGCAGAUUUCGCUUCAACGACGUCUCGCGCUGCUAGCACUGUUCAGCAUCGGCUUUUUGUGA